ACAAAAUAAAUUGUAUCUAUGAAUCCUGAAAAAAUAUUAAUAUACAUCAAGUUUCGUAAAUGAUUUCAUUAUUGCGUUUUCAAUAAUGCAAACAAUGUUAGUAUUGUCUAACAAUAUUUACAGAAGUAAAUAGUUCUGAAAGUGUUUUCGAAUCGAGAUAAAAGAUGAAUAUAUGCGUUAUAUUAAUGGUAAUUUUACCAUUAUUUAUUUUAAUUUACGCUCCUGUGGGGCAAAACUAUAGGAUACGUCUACAAAAGAAAUUCGUGAGUGAUCCAAGCUCGUUGCUCCUCGGUUCUCCAACGGAGGAGGACGUUGCUUAUAACGAAGACUUGAAGAAUGUGUUUUCAACACAGUUUAGAAACAAAAAUGGUGUCCUUGUUCCACGAAGCAAGUCAAAAAUUCGAAAAUUGGACUGGCUCGUGGGACCGUCGACUCAAAGAAAUAAAGAAUCGCCAAUGGACAAGGAUCAAGAUCAUGACGACUUUGAAGAAAAGCGUGGUGUAACUAAACCAAAAAUAAUUAAAAAUUCAAGAAAUGAAGUUUCGAAGCUUUCUUCUUUUAUAGAAAAUUACAAAAAAUACAAAAAUUCUUAUUUUAUGCGGAAAUAUGUAAAUGAAGAGAUCGAGAAAAAAAGAGGAACGAAACAAACGAGAAAAUUGGAUAACAACAUCGAAUAUUCGGAGAAGAACGACGAUAAAAAUCGUCUUAAUACAAUGUUAAUUGGUCCAACGAAGCAGGAAGGUGGCGAAAAUAAAAUUUCUGACAGUCUCAAAACUUUGAAAGUGAACAGAAAGCUCACAGAACAAGAAAUGAAGAUCAUAAUGAAAAAAUUUGGCCGUGCCAUAUCCAACGUAUUGGUGACUUACCUUAUAAUAUCAUUGAUAUUUUUACUUAUUACUGCGCUCGUGUACAUCUUUAAGAUAUUUCACGAGAAACAAUGUAAACCAGAGAAAUGCGAAGUACUCCACCAACCAAAGUCCAUCUUUUACGUCGAUAUUGAUUCGCUUCCGCAUGAUAAGCAUGAAAAACAGAUACCAGAAUCGUCUUUUCACGUCAGUUCGGAAGAGGAAUGCAAAGAAACUGUUUUGCUAAUGGAAGAAACAUUGGAAGACGAAGAUAUUGAAGAAACAACUCCGUUAUUAUUUCCAAAAUCAACGUCACCGAAAACCGAAAAGGACAAGUAUCAUUCUUCUUCGUCGAAUGGGACCGAAACUGUACAGACGAUGACCAAAGUUAAAAGUCCUGAAGACAGCGGCUCAUCUAAGAAAGAGGAAGAAGCCAGCUUCUACCAAUACCAAAAGAGAAACAGUUCAUACGAAGAGGAUACUUGCGACUUUCGAACAUUGCAAGAUAUAAAAACACGGGAAAAUGAUGAUUCCAGUAAGGAAUGUGGAUCAGAAAAGAGCUCAGUUAACAACAUUUCAUUAAGCAAUCAAGCCCACGAUCUGUACACGGUCCAUACCAUCAAAUAUAACUUAUCACCAACUCUUCAUAUGAAUAAAGGAAGCUUCAAGAACUCGAACCGAGUUACUCAUUCUGGAGAUGCAUAUGAGAGAUCAUUUAUGGAACGUGGUAUAAAUUCCGACGAUUAUUUUAAAGGAAAUCAUAUUGUCUUAAGAGCAUCGACUCGCGAGGAACUUGAAAAAUAUAGAGUGGAUCUCUGCACAAUUUUGGAAAAAGCCAGCGAAAAAUUCCGUGCUCAUCAUGAGUAUGGCCUAGCCCAUGAUACAGAUGGAGUGGUGAGGAGGCCCAACGUAUCCAUGAAAAUUUCUACAUCGACUUGAAUUCGAAGUGGUUCCCCUAGAUUGGAAGUCUGGUGUCUUCUUUCACCAAUUAUUAUUGAUGUUAGCCUAUUACUAUGAAAGAUCUUGACUAAAACCCAAUUUCACCCGAUUUACCAUGGGUAGCAUAAUCAGAACAUGUACAGCCUCUGGCAUACAAGAAAACCCGAUUCAUAUGCCAUAAGUUGUAGAUAGCAAGGCAUUGAUUCCAUUUUCAAUCUUACUGGUCGAUCUCAUUGUUAGUCACGCUUGCCUGUAAUGGACGUAUUGUACUUGGCCAUUUUUGGAAAUAUUUAAUGGCUUAUAAAUUCGUAUAGUCUAUUUGCAAAAUUAUUGUCAAGAUUUAAAGAAAAAUAAACAAACUUUAAUUAAAUAAUAAUAAAAUCGUUAA